AUGGUACUGAGAGUACAUGAAAGCGAAUCCCGACUAUCAUAUUCGGGGCUACCCACCGGAAAUAAAAUUGUCAGCAGAAUGGCACGCCCUAGGAACAUUCACCUCCCCGCGCGGGGUACCGCAACCCAAAGCGGAUCUGCUGGGACUGCUGGGACAGAAUCCAGUCAGGUACUCCAGGGCACUGCCAAUACUGGCUCACCGCUUAAGAACGCUCUGGCGAAAAUGGCAGCCGUGGCCGAUUAUUUGGUUGGACGAGAUCGCGGAGCUCAAAAAGAAGGAAAUUAUACGGACGAGGAGUCUUCAGAUGGAUUAAACAAUGCUGUCGAGGAACCUGUGCAUGAGGAAGAGGAGGUUGCAUAUCCGUCAGCACCGAAUUUACGGAAACGUCCCGCACCACGAGACAUCUACCAACUACCGCCUUCUCCUGGUGACCAAGAGCAGGCAGUCCGGACAGAAAAUCCCAGGAAGAGAGCCAAAACCACUGUGAAAGCAAAGAAGGCUAUUGUUCCUCCAAAAAGAAGCUUACGUAACAAUACGGGGGCUUUAGCACAGCCUGUCCGGCCUUUGCCAGCUCGAAGGACAGAGUCAGCUCGAAACACCAGAUCAAACAAUUUAAUUACCUCUACUCCAGCUUCAAGCCCUCACAGGGCCAUCAGUGGCGAUGCGCCGCAAUUAUUCGCCAAACGACCAAGAGGCCGUCCUCGCAAGAAUCCGUCAGCCCCACCAACAUCCACCGCCACGAAGACAGCGUCGAUACAAGUUACUAACAGAAACAAAGGCCGCUUACCAGUGAUUUACGGAGCACCCGAUGGAAAUGGUGGCGAAGAAGAAGAGCAAGAGCAGCCCGUGGAGGAGGAGGGGGGGGAAGAGGGGAGAGCACGACGUGAAGAGUCAGAGGACGAUGGUAUAUCUGCGAUACUGUUGAACCCGAGUCCUGUAAAGCCAGUUCCCCUGAAAAUAUUUCGUCAAGAGAAAACACUAGCACUGGAGGCCGGAGGCAGGGAUGCGGACAUUGAUGCGGAAAAUGAAGAAUCAGAGAUUCCUGAGAACGGAGAUCCCAAGGAGGGGGAGCUAGACGACGAUAGUGAAGAACUUUUGAUCGAGGAAGGGGUAUUUGACAAAAUGAUUGACAUCGCAGACCGUGUAGGCUACCAUCACAAUAAGGAGAGCAGGUCAUGGACCAGUAUGAGCUCGCCGAAUGUGUCCAGCACCAACGGCAAACGAUUCAUGCGCCGAGCCGAAGUUAUUCUUCAAUCAUACAGAACUUUGCAACGUUCCCUGAGGACAGGAAACCUCGAAGCCGUUGAGAAGACAGAGGAAAAAGUCGCUGAGCUCGUCGAACAGCUUCAUGGCGAAUGUCAUACCAUCUUAAGCAAGAGACUUGGGAAUCCUACGCUCGGUAUAGACUUUUUGACCGAGAAGACCACCACAGCCAUGCUCCAGGAUAUCUACUUUCAUAUAAACCCUUCGUUGGUGAAGAUCCUAAAAACGGCUUCUGAUGUGUAUCCACCCAAACGGUCGAUGGAACAGACUCCCCUUCGACAUCUCUACCUGCUCAUUACGAUGCUUGCAGAUCUUGCAAAUACGGCUCUUAUUCAGCCAAAAGACUACCAGCCCAUCCAAAGAUCAAAAUCCCAGACGUGGAAUGUGAGCAAGCCGACGUCGCUGCUCAAGCCUUACAUCGAGAGCAUAAAGAAGGCGGUUUCGAAGGAAUUCGCAGGCAGAGAGCUUGCGCAAAAGGCAAUUGAAAACGAUAGAUUGCGGCGGAAAUGGACAAAAAGGACGGAAGAGCAAGAGCGGCGUAAAGAUUCGGAAAACCGCCGACGGCGGAAAGAGAUCCGGCGAAAACAGAGAGAAGCUUACGAACAGCUCGUCUCACAGCCGUAUAUGAGCAGGUUGCUGAAUAGCAAACCUGAGGCAAGAAAUGGACACGCUCCAGUACAAGAACCAUACUCCGUAGACCAUGUUGAGAGCAAUGAUGGGCCACAAGACAUCGAUUAUGACCAAGACCUCCCGAUUGAAGAUGACCCUUUCGCAGAGGAGGGUGAAGAUGAUGAGGGACCGCGCCUAUCGCUCUUCGGCACUAACAACACCAAUAACAGCACCCACUCAAAACCACUGUCCGAAGAGGAAAAAGGAACGUUCGUCGAGUGUAUGAUGCUCGAACAUGGGGACGAUCGUUAUGUCAAAGCCGCAGAAACACUUGAGCGAAGCAUGGAGGAGAUUUUCGCCUUUGCCCAAGACUUACAAGAGGCUAUGGAUCGCAAGCACGAGCAAGGGCAGCUCAACAGACCACAGGACGAGUGGACUUACGAUAUAUGGGUCGUGCCGCAAUGA